AUGCGCUCCGCAGCGUACUUUUUUACCUUUUCUGUGGCCUUCCAACUCGCCCAAGCUGCUGUGACAGCGAACAACAGCCAACUGCUCACCUGGUGGCAUAACACCGGUGAGAUCAACACCCAGACCCCAGUUGCCGAUGAUAAUGUGCGCCAGUCAGGACUCUACUCGGUCCAAGUCCGCACUACUCCCGGUCAAACCAGCCCCUACUAUGAUUCCUUCGUCUAUGAAGCUAUUCCCGCAAAUGGAAUGUCGGACCAGUUGCAGUAUACGCAAAGCUACAACCAAACCCAGGCGUGGACUUCAUUCCUUUACUCUCGCGACGCCACUGUGAAAAUUAGCCGGAAUGCUUCCUAUUCCAGCAGCAACAUCGUCAUUCGCCCCACAACUCUGAACUUCCCGGUGAGAUACGACAACAACAGCGUUUACAUCACCGUUCCUUACAGCCCCCAUGGAUACCGCUUCUCGGUCGAGUUUGACGAUGAUCUGAUUUCCCUUGCUCCCAGUGGUGCGAAGCAACCUUCCCGUGCGCUCCUGAUCUUUGCAAGCCCGUUCGAGAACUCCUCGCUCAAGCCCCAAUCGGACUCCUCCAACGCCAUCGCCCCGAAACCAGGACGGGUCCUCGGUCUUAACACUACAACUGCAUCGACGGUCAUCUUCAACCCGGGCGUGUACUACUUCACCGGUCAAGACCACAUGGUUCUUAGCCCCAGUGUGACUUGGGUCUACAUCGCCCCCGGCGCAUACGUGAAAGGCGCCGUGGAGUUCCUGUCCACCGCAUCCGAGGUGAAAGUCAGCGGCCAUGGGGUUCUUUCCGGAGAGCAAUACGUCUGGUAUGCCGAUCCGGAUGUUGGAUACCAAAAGGCCACCGGGGCCAACAACAACGGACUCCGAAUGUGGCGCGGGACUCUGGGCAACAGCAGCCAGACAUUUAUCCUGAAUGGUGUGACCGCCAGCGCUCCUCCGUUCAACAGCAUGGACUGGACUGGAAACAGUCUGGAUCUGAUCACAUGCAGAGUCAAUGAUUAUAAGCAGGUCGGCGCGUUCUAUGGCCAGACUGACGGGUUGGAAAUGUACCCUGGCUCGAUUGUACAGGAUGUGUUUUACCAUACCAAUGAUGAUGGCUUGAAGAUGUAUUACUCGAACGUGACAGCGCAGAAUAUCAUCAUGUGGAAGGAGAGCGUGGCUCCGGUGGUCGAGUUUGGAUGGACACCCAGAAGCACAGAGAAUGUUCUAUUCGACAAAAUCGAUGUCAUCCAUCAAGCAUACCAAAGUGCAUACAACAAUCCGGGCAUCUUUAGCGCAGUCAACAACUACCUCUACGCUCCUGAUGGCCUUUCUUCAAAUCACUCAACAGGCAACAGCAACAUGACAGUCCGAAACAUUACCUGGUCGAAUUUCAGAGCUGAAGGACCAUCUUCCGCCCUGUUCCGGAUCAACCCAAUACAGAAUUUGGAUAAUAUCUCCAUUAAAAAUGUGUUCAUUGAGACCUUCGAGCCUUCAUCUCUCAAUACUACCGAUAGCUGGAUGCCUGUGUGGUAUGACAUCAACAAUGGAAAGCAGAUCACGGUUACAGACUUUUCAAUUGAGAGUUUCACAGUUGGAAAUACGACUAUCACCGCUAAUAAUGCCGCCAGUGUCGGACAAAUUGACGGUGUGGAUCCAGCUUAUGCAGCGUCUGUUCAUUAUGAAUAG